AUGAGUGACCAACUUAAACGCCUUAACAUGCCUGAGCAAACAGCAGCACAGCUACGCAAGGCAGUAGUGGAAUAUUUGCGAGCACAUCCCACCACACCAGAUGGGGAUCAUCUAAAAGAGUUUGUCUCUCAUCGUGCCUGGGACACCUAUCUGAAGAAGAUGUCCACACCAGGGACCUGGGGAGAUUGGAUUGUCCUCUGGGGUCUAGUAAACAUGUUGUCUGUGGAAGUGGCUCUCGUAUCCAGUUUAGGCCAAAAUGCUCUUCGAAUUAUCAGCCCCGAUAGCUCAAAGAAAAGCCAAGAUAUAGGAAGUAUGGCUCUACUUGGUCACGAAGCAGAAUACCAUUAUCACUCUUUAGAGCCGGUGGUUUCUACAAGGUCUUCCCAAAGUGCUGUAGAUUUCUUGAUCGACAAGUAUGGCGAGGAAAAAUAA